AUGGACUUCUUCGGCAUUUGGGUCCCUAUUCUGCUCGUACUAAUUAAUCCGGCGUCCCUAGCAUAUCCAUCUAACACAAGGUCACAAAGCCUGAGCCUGACCAAUGAUGUAUCUCUAGGGGCCGUAUCGCAGAUCAAUCUAACAAAUUCGGUGCAAGACUACCCAGUCUAUCCUACCACAUGCUUUCCUCGCCCAUCGCGUGGACGUCACGUACCGCAGCCGGACCUCAUGAAUGUUAUAUCGGACUGCUCCUGGAUUAUCAAUGAGAUCCUCCUCCAACAAGACGGCCUUCUUUUCCAGGACCUCCUCUUCAACUACAGAUCCUUCAAAGAUCAGUCUGGCAAAUGGUACCUCUCUCGAUGGCAUCGUGAUCGGUGUGUCAUCAUUGUCGCGUGUGUGGAAAAGCACCAGGAACAAACGUUACAGCUUUUCAAUGUUGUCCUUGCCGCAAACAAGAUCUUGAAAGAAUGCAUCCAAGACCAGCAGAUUCUUGCAGGAGGGACGACUGCCAUCGGUUCACCGAACAAUUCUUUUUACGUCGGCGUUCUAGGACUGCAAGACAGCGACGCUGCACGCCAGUCCAACAUAUCUUUGUUGUCAGAUCUCGAUCUUUCCGAAGGGGAUAUACAACGUAGCGUACUACGCACAACGUCGAAUUCUGAGUCGUCAAUUGGAGAGUAUGAGGUCAACGAUUCGACCAUUUCUCCUGCGCCGAGUGUUAGCGUGGAAAAGAGAGCUUCUGUUCCACCGCAGGGCUCUUCGCCCUCGACGGGCAGACAAAGCAUGGUACCAGAAGGCGCACUGAGCACCUCGAACCUGGUUCUGGCCUCAACGAACCUCUCGGGAAGCAUCGAAGCACCUCCAAGCUACCCAGUCACCUGUUUCAAUCCCUACUCCAUCCAAUUGAAGCCUGCAGCUGUGGAAGAUUGCCAAUUCGUCAUCAACCAAAUCAUUCUGAGAUACCCGAAUCCGAUGUUUCUGCAAACUUUUGGCUACACAGCUUCUGCAGACAUUAACCUCUCGCUACCACGAAACCAGAAGUGGAUAUUUGGCCAGUGCGCCAUAUUUGUCAAGAACCCCGACAUGACCCGGACAGACACCUUCCGGAUGGUUGAUGUAGCAUACACUGCGCAUGAGAUCAUGACAAAGUGUGUCGUUGGUGUCAAGUAUCCCGUGGGUGGUACCGCGGAUGUUGGUAGCACCGCGGAUAAUUUCUAUGUGGCCGUGGGGGGCGUCCGUGUAACGGACGCCGCAAAUGUCUCGAUAAUGCACCCCUUCGCCCGCCGCAGACCCAGGUUCACAGACUGCGGCGCCGCCAUCCGCCUCCUGCCCUCCAACCACAUCAUCGGCAACUUCCACAACGCCGGCGCCGACGACCAGUUCCGACUCCCGGUCCAAAAGACAUACAACAGCUGCACCGUGGAAGUGAAGAUCCAGAGCGGGUUCAGCGACGACACGAGCACGUGGCUCGGGGUCGGGGCCGCGGCGACGCAGCUGAACAUGGCGUGUGUGAACACGUUCAGUUUCCCCGUGAAGAUUGGCGGGUGGACGACUACGGGGAGCGUGGAGCGGAUCACGGUUAUUUUGCGCUACGCGGGCAUGAGGAGUGGCCUGGAAGCCUUGUGA